CAACUGCUUUCUAGCGAGUUUCUCGAGAAGCAUGACUCCCUGGACAUUCUCGUUAAUAAUGCCGGCAUCGCUUUUGUGGAAUGGCGGCUCACUGACGGCAUCGAGAGCCAAGUGAUGGUCAACCACCUAUCGCACUUUCUGCUGACGCAGCUGCUCCUGCCCACGCUGGACAAAACCGCUCGGAUCAAGGGCGAUGCCCGCAUCGUCAACGUCAGCAGUCCCGCACACGCCUCUCUUUACUUUUGCAAAUUCCUGCCGUCCAACCCCAAGGCUGUCGACUGGGAUGCCAUGUGCACGCCCGUGACUGCUGAUCCUCUCGAAAACUACGGCCUCAGCAAACUGGCGCAGAUCCAUCAGGUCGUGGAGCUCCAGCGGCGCCUUGGGGAAGACUCCAAGGUCCGCAUCAACUCGUGCGAGCCCGGCUUCGUCCGAUCGGCCAUGGCGACCAAACCCAAGGCCAACUAUAUUGGCUGGCUGCUUGGUCUGUUCCUAUACUUCUUUGGAACCCACCCGGACAAGGCCGCCAAGACCCAGGUUUACUUGGCGCUCUCGCCCGAAAUCAGGGACAGCGACGUCUCGGGCCGGCAUUUUAUCUCGCCGGGCACCCAGAAGCGGCCCAGCGCUCUGGCUUCAGAUCCCGAUGCGGCCCUGGCGACAUGGCAGUGGUCCGAGUCGACCGCUGCAAGCAUUCUGAAGCGUCGCGAGGCUGCAUAG